AUGCCUCCAAAUCCAGGUUACGGUGAUUGUUUUGAAGAACCAAGAACUAUGUUCUACUUUGAUUCAAUGGACUUGAAGUGCAAAAAAUUCAAAGUGAUAAACUGUUUUGGUAAGAAUCAGAAUCAAUUCGAAACUUACGAAUUAUGUACUCGUUUCUGUCAAUCUACCGCCUGUCUUGCCGGCCAAUCAUUAUUACUGGCUCGUGACAGUUCUCCUGUUAACUGUAAAGAAGCAGGUUGUCCUACCGGCUACCGAUGUGUUUACGAUAAACUUUUUAAUCGGCAUGUCUGUUGUGGUCACUCUCCCACGGGUGUUUGUCCGAUCGGAAGUGUCUCAUUUUCCCACGUUCGAUCAAACCAACCUAUGAGGUGUAACCCUUCCGCCUAUCGAGAUUUGUGUCCUGCCGACUACGUAUGCACUACUCAAGGGUUGCAUAGCUUUUGUUGCUCACCUCAUGAUGCUAUCUGUCCGGCUGGUCAACAACCAUACAAUCAUAUAGUUUCUAAGAAUAGUAUGAAAUGCAAUCCACUGGAAACUUCAUCAUGCCCAGAAACCUACUAUUGCUCUCCUGCAGUUCCAGGUGCACAUUGGGGAUUCUGCUGCAGUGUACAUAUCGAAGCAUCGUGUCCAAGUGAAACAGAACCGUAUCUAGAUUUUAUGAGUAAGACACCAGUCAGGUGUACAGUUGGUGUUACUCAAUGCAAUAUUGGUUACUCGUGUCAAAGUUCACAAUCAGGGUCUCUCAUCGGUUUUUGUUGUACUAUUCCGAAACUGACAUACCGAACUCCUUCCCGAUCCAGUUCCUUAAAUGAGAACUCUUCAGAAUCCGUUUCACAGUUCAUAACACCUACUGACCAACACUUCUUCAUUCACAAUGAAGGACUCAUCGGACCUGCUGUGAAACCUCGCACAUCAUCUAUUCUCUCAAGUCAUCAAAAAUCUGCUAAAAAGUACCAGAAAGUGACAAAGUCAACAUCCACCUAUGGAGUUGUCUCGAAUUACAAACCGGCGACGUGUCCUCCAAGAGCAACUUCAGUUUUUUAUGCGAACACUCAGAUAAAUGUUGAAUGCACUCCAGCAGAGGGAUAUAGUUUUGACUGUCCAGAUAACUCGACAUGUGUAGACGCCUACACUGAUUUAGCAGGAAGACGGGUUUGCUGUCAGAUGCCAAAGACUACAGCAACGCCCACAUUUGUCUAUUUUGUAACAUCUACUCCGCGGAUGGUUAGGUAUAAAACUACAGAUAGCUACUGCCCUUACGCAAUCCGUCAUUUACAAUGUCGGCCGUCUGCCUCGACUUGCCCGAUGGGGUAUUUCUGUCAAUACUUAUUCGAAAUUUCUUCCUUUUCUUGCUGUUCUUUGUAUUAA